AUGAUGUGGCUGUUUUUAACAACAACCUGUUUGAUUUGUGGAAUUUUAAAUGGUGAUAGAUUCUUUAAUUUGGAAAAUGAAGCGAAUCCUGAAGUGUGGAUGAAUAUUAGUGAAAUCAUCACCUACAAUGGCUACCCCAGUGAGGAGUAUGAGGUCGUCACUCAAGAUGGGUACAUCCUCAGCAUCAACAGGAUUCCCCAUGGACGAAGACCUACCAGCAGCACAGGACCACGGCCAGUUGUGUACAUGCAACAUGCGCUGUUUGCAGACAAUGCCGCUUGGCUUGAGAAUUAUGCCAAUGGGAGCCUCGGAUUCAUUCUAGCAGAUGCAGGUUAUGAUGUCUGGAUGGGGAACAGUCGGGGCAACACGUGGUCAAGAAGACACAAAACACUGUCAGUGACUGAAGAGAAAUUCUGGGCCUUUAGUUUUGAUGAAAUGGCCAAAUAUGACCUCCCAAGAAUAAUAGACUUCAUUGUACAUAAAACUGGGCAGGAGAAGUUGUAUUUUAUUGGACAUUCACUUGGCACUACAAUAGGGUUCAUAGCCUUUUCCACCAUGCCUGAAGUGGCACAAAGAAUCAAAAUGAAUUUUGCCUUGGGUCCUGUGGUCUCAUUCAAAUACCCCAAGAGUGUUUUUACCAGUUUCUUUCUACUUCCAAGUUCCGCGAUCAAGAGAUUUUUUGGUACCAAAGGUUUCCUUUUAGAAUAUAAAUCAGAGAAGCCACCUUCUACCAAAAUCUGCAACAAUAAAGUACUAUGGGUGUUAUGUAGUGAAUUAAUGUCCUUAUGGGCUGGAUUCAACAAGAAAAAUAUGAAUAUGAGUCGGAUGGACGUGUAUAUGUCCCACGCUCCCACGGGAUCAUCGGUACAGAAUAUCCUGCACAUAAAACAGCUCUACCGAUCUGAUGAAUUCAGAGCUUAUGACUGGGGAAGUGAAGCUGAGAACAUGCGUCACUAUAAUCAGAGUCGUCCCCCACUGUACGAUCUGACGGCCAUGACAGUGCCCACUGCGGUCUGGGCUGGUGGAAAUGAUGUUCUUGUAACCCUUGAGGAUGUGGCCAGGGUACUGCCCCAGAUCAGGAAUCUCCAUUACUUCAAGCUGUUGCCAGACUGGAACCACUUUGAUUUCAUCUGGGGCCUUGAUGCUGCUCAACGGGUGUACAGUAAAAUCAUAGAUUUGAUGAAGGCGUAUUCUUAA